ACGGGCAGGUGCCGGUGUGCUGUUAUCGGCAGCACUGCCGGUGGCUGGGGAGCCGCGUGUGGUCGAUGCCGACAGCGGGUCCCUGCCUGAAGGGGGGGAAACCGCCUCCUUCCUGCCUGCACAGCUGCCGGCACCGGCAUGUGCCACCUGCAGGCACCGCGGUGAGCCGGGGGGGCUGCUCCCACCUCAGUGCCCCCCAAGCCGGGGUCUGCAGGCCCCCCAUGGAGCGGAGCACCCAAAGGAUGGGUGCUGGUGUGCCGGGGUGUUUAGGCUUUGCUCUGUGCUGGUGCUAAGGGCGGUCCUGGGGGGGUUUUGGUAGGUUUUGGAGUGAAUCUUGUCUGUCACCACUGGGCUCUCCCUUGGUUUUGGCAGCAGGGUCAGUGGCAUGGGGGGGCACAGCAUGGGUCCAUUGCACCCUGUUGCAUCGCUGGGUACUCCGGGAGGGGUGCUGGUUCACAGUGGGGACAUCCGGGCUCCGACCCAGCGUGGCGAGGUGUGUGACGCCAGAAGCGGAGCCGAGUCUCAUAUUUGGGCACGGAGCAGGUUAUUGGAGGCUGGGGCCCCACCAGAUGGGAGAUAACCCGCCUGAUAACGGGCUCAAAAGGUGCUGCUGCCUCCAUUGGCUCCGGCAGUGCCUAUAUAUCACCCACCCCACAGCACGGGGGGGUCCGGGCGGGCGAGAUGGUGCCUGUUGGGGUGCUGGGUGUUCUCCUGUGGGUGCAGCUCAGCGAGGGGCAGCCGUGGAGCACCCCUGAGCCCCAGGCUGAGCUGAGCACCCCGCAGGGCCCCGGGGAGCUGCGUCUGGUGGGGGGCGGUGGGCGCUGUGCCGGGAGGGUGGAGGUGAUGCAUGAAGGUGAAUGGGGCUCUGUCUGCAAGUACGAAUUCGACUGGGACGCCCGCUGGGCCACCGUGGUGUGCCGGCAGCUCGGCUGCGGCUCGGUGGCCAUGUCUUCCCCGUACGCCCCGUUCGGGCCGGGCACCGGCCGCAUCUGGCUUCAGAACUACUUCUGCCGCGGCGACGAAGCUACACUGCAGGAUUGUCCCCAUUUCGGAUGGGGACAACACUUCUGCAACCAUGAGCGGGACGUGGGGGUGACCUGCAGAGACGCGGUGGAGCUGAGGCUGGUGGAUGGCGGCGGUCCCUGUGCUGGGAUGGUGGAGGUGAAGCUGCGGGGACACUGGGGCUCAGUGACGGAUGACAACUGGGACAUGGCGGAUGCAGAGGUGGUGUGCCAGCAGCUGGGCUGCGGCUCGGCCACCAGAGCCUACAUCAGCAGCAGCCGCUUGGGCCAAGACGACAGCCUCCUCAGCCUGGUGCUGGUGAACUGCCGCGGCGACGAGGAAGUGCUUUGGGACUGCGAGGUGAGGGGCUGGGGACCCUACAGCGGCAUCCAUGACUUCGACACUGGUGUCGUCUGCCAAGGGUUCACCCGGCUGGUUGGCGGCGAUGGCACCUGCAGCGGGCGGCUGGAGGUGCGGCAGCGCCGAGCCUGGGUCGGUGUCUGUGAGGACGCCGUGGACAUGAACGCUGCCCAGGUCAUCUGCCGGGAGCUGGGCUGUGGCACGGCGCUGGCUGUGCACGGGACCGGCCUGUUCGAGGCAGGAGCGGAGCCUCAAUGGGACGUGGGGUUCGAGUGCACCGGCACCGAGCAUCUCCUCAGUGCCUGCAGCCGGCGGGCAGCACGCAGCCGGGGCUGCACCAGCCACGCCAGCAUCAUCUGCUCCUCCUACACCGGGUUCCGGCUGGCGAACCACAGCUCGCGCUGCGCCGGGCGCGUGGAGGUGAUGGCAGGGGGGACGUGGGGGUCCCUCUGUGCCACCAGCUGGGACCUGCCCGAUGCCCAUGUCCUCUGCCACCACCUCGGCUGCGGCCCCGCCACCACCGUGCUCCCGGGAGGCUCCUUCGGCAGCGGGAAUGGGACCCUGUGGGUGGAUGCCUUUGAUUGCAGUGGGAGCGAGCAGCACCCCAGUGAGUGCCCCGUGGCGGUGCUGGGGGAGCCAGCGUGCCCCCCCGGCCACGCUGCUGCGGUCAGCUGCUCAGGCGCUGCUGAGCCGCUGCGGCUGGUGGAGGGGCAGAGCCGGUGCGAUGGGCGGCUGGAGGUCACCACGAGCCCUGGCACCUGGGCCAGUGUGUCCACGGGGCUGUGGGACACCCGUGUUGCCACCGUGGUGUGCCGGGAGCUGGGCUGUGAUGAGCUGGAGGGGGUCUACACAGUGCCGGGCUCCAGCGCCAUGUGGCUGCAGGAGGUGCAGUGUGCCGGCACCGAGGACAACCUGUCCCAAUGCAACGUCUCAGCGAUGGUGGUUGUUCCAACCAGCAUUCCCGAGGCGUUGGCUGUUGUGUGCUCAGGCAGCCGGCGGCUGAGGCUGGCGGGUGGCCCCAGGCGCUGCGCCGGCCGCGUGGAGCUCUACCUCAAUGGCACUUGGAGCACCGUGUGCCAGGACACAUGGGACAUCGUGGACGCCACCGUCGUGUGCCGGCAGCUGGGCUGUGGGACAGCGCUGGAUGCGCCCGGCUCCGCUCGCUUCGGCCCCGGCGUGGCAGCACCAUGGCCGGGUGCCGGUGGCUGCGCCGGCUCCGAGCUGUCCCUUUGGGAUUGCCCGGCCCCGGGGCAGCGCGGCUGCCGGCGCGGCGGUGGUGCCGGUGCCGUGUGCUCAGCGCAGCUCUACCUGCGGCUGGCGGGCGGCAGCGACCGCUGCAGCGGGCACUUGGAGCUCUUGUACAACGGGACGUGGGGCCGCGUGUGCGCCGCCGGCACCAGCCCGGCCACGGCCGCCGCCGCCUGCCGGCAGCUGGGCUGCGGGGACGGGGGGAGCCUGGGGGCUGCCCCUGCCCCGCGCCCGGCCCCCGCCUGGCUGGCCUGGGUGCGCUGCGAGGACGGGGCGCGCUCGCUGUGGCGCUGCCCCUCGGCUCCCUGGCACCUACAGGAGUGUGGCCCCGGUGGGGAUGCCCAUGUGCUUUGCGUUGAGGCCGGCGAUGAUGUGACGGCCACCCCGUCCCCAGGGAGGCUGUGCCUGGAUGGUGACACAUGCACAGAUGUCCCCAGUGCCGCCACCCCGGUGGCAGCCACCGCGCCGGUGCCAACGGUCCUGUGCGUGGUGCUGGGGGUGCUGCUGUGCCUGGCGCUGGGUGUCCUGGCUGUGCAGAUGUACCGUGCCCGGGCUGGGCGAGAAGGCCCUGGCAAAGCCGUGGAUGCUGUCUAUGAGGAGCUGGACUACACCGUGAUGCCCGUGUACCAGAAGGUGCCCAGCCGUCCAGGCUCCCCAACGGAGGGGUCAGAUACGAAGCUGCCCUAUUACACUGCAGAGGAUGUGGAGGAGAGUGACCCCAAGGCAGCCCCAGACCCCCCUGCCCUGCCCGAGGACGGACCCCCCGAUGGCUACGAUGAUGCUGAGGCCGUGCCAGAGGAGUCCUCCAGUGCUGGGGACACCCCCGAAGGGGGGGCACAUGCAGGUGGGAGCUGUCCCCCGCCAGGAGACACAGGGGACCCCCCGGAGCUGCCCCCAGGGGACGCAGGCUGCGAUGAUGCUGAUGUUGGCACCUUGGGCACACUGCUGUGAGGAUGCUCUGGCCACACCACACGAGGCCCUGAGGAAACGAGUGCGGGUGGUGGGGCUCGGUCCCCAAGAAGGGGUGGCCCUGGCCACGGAGGUCACCUCUCCCUGCCCAGGACCACAGCACAGCAGCUCCGGUGUCCCUCUGCCAGCAGCGCUGCAGGGAUUUGGGUUUAGUUUCACUGUGAAUGUCUAUGUUUUUCUCUAUUAAACCCCCAAAUCUGGCUGGAGACUCA